AUGGCAAGCAGUUCCCUUGAUUCCACAGCAUCAAGUCCAGGUUCUAUCAGAGCAAUCGACAGUCACUCUGUGCAUAGGAUCACCUCUGGUCAGGUAGUCGUCGACCUUCAGACAGCAGUGAAAGAACUUGUCGAAAAUAGUCUUGAUGCCCGUGCUACAAAUAUCGAGGUCCGGUUUUCUAACUACGGGCUCAAGUCUAUCGAAGUUAUCGACAAUGGAUGCGGCAUAGCCCCAAAAGAUUAUGAAAGUGUCGCCUUGAAACACCACACAUCCAAACUUACUGCCUUUGAGGACCUCUCAACUGUCUUGACCUUUGGUUUUCGCGGAGAAGCCUUGUCCUCGCUGUGCGCUUUGAGUGAUAGUGUCACCCUCACGACUGCCACUGCUAAUGAGGCUCCGAUGGGUACCAUACUUGAAAUAGAUCGGAACGGUAGACUUAGGAAUUCCAAUUCCAAGGUCGCAAGACAGCGAGGAACUACAGUUGUUGUAUCCUCUCUUUUCAAACCCUUGCCAGUGCGACGUAAGGAGCUUGAAAGAAACGCGAAGAGGGAGUUUGGUAAGGCGUUAAACUUGCUGUAUGCAUACGCGCUGGUUCCGUGCGCAAACGAGAAUAGAGGUGUGCGGCUGGCUGUGAGCAAUCAGCUUGAAGGAGGCCGCAAAACUGUACAGCUCAAAACUGAUGGGUCACCCUCCAUCAAAGCGUCGGUUACAGCAUUGUGGGGGUCAAAGGGGCUUGACAACAUUGUUGACCUUGAUUUCUCGUUUGAUGUCCUAACGGAGAAAACUGUCCUACGGCGUCUUGACCAGGAGAGUGCCAGCGUUACCACAGUGAAAGUUCGUGGGCUCAUCUCCAAAUUUGCUGUAGGCGUAGGCCGCACAGGAAGUGACCGGCAAUUUUUUUUCGUUAAUGGGCGCCCUUAUAACCCUGGAAAGAUCCAGAAGGCAUUCAAUGAGGUAUAUAGAUCAUUUAACGUUGGCCAGUCUCCCUUUAUCAUAGCCGACUUCAUUUUACCCACUCAUGCCUGCGACGUCAACGUCAGUCCCGAUAAACGAACAAUCUUUCUCCACAGCGAGCAGAAUCUAAUUCAAGCUUUGAAGGCAGCUUUGGAAGAGGCUUUUGCUUCGUCUCGCUCGACGUUUGAUGUCGGUGCUCAAUCAUUACAGCAACCGACACUGCACCCAUUAUUUACGCCAAAAACUUCGCUCACUCAAACAAAACACACGAGGGCCACUAGUCAUUCUGCCGGUAUGGCCGACAUCAACCCACGAUCAGAGAAAGACCAACCAGCUGAAAGGGGCCGUGAAGAUGAGCCCAUCACGAUGGGCGCCCCCCACCUACUUCUUGAACCCGAGCCGGAGCGGCCAUCACAGAGCGAAACAGACCGGACAGCAACGGUAGCACCCUCUGCACAAUCCGACAAGACCGGGCCGGCACAGCCAUUGUUUUUUCCUGAUCCCGAUGUUCAGGAGGGCGGAGACAACGGACAAGCUACUCGUUUGGCCGAUCAUCACGGAUCCGAUCAAGAAGAUGAGACUACCCGCCAGCAAGUUGUUAGCGCCAUUGAUCGUAUACGUGCGUCACGGGAGCUCGACGAAACAAGAAAACGGUCCGCGAGCCAAGCACCAUCGGCACAGACGAUUUUAAGCACCAAGGGCGCUUCGUGGAACCGUGGACGGUCUGGGGGCGAUGAUAUUCAAGACGAUGGUCCCAGAAAGAGACUGCGUUUGGCCGAACGGGAUGGGAGGGCAAGUUUUAGGUUUACAUUGAGUCAGUAUGCGAGGGCUGGAAGCAAGGUAGCCGAGACUUCUGGAGAUCGGACUGAAGAGCGUCUUCACACAGUAGGCAUGAAUGCUCGACGGAGUAUAUCCGAGGAGACCGAUGGUGCUGAAGAGCAAGACCAGUUGAUGGAAGACGAAGAAGUGGUGAACAUAACUUCGAAGACUCGACCGAGACGGAUCUCGGGCCUUACUAGCAGGGGGUCCGAGGAGACUGCUGUUUUACUCGACGAUGCCAUGGUUGUUGAGGAUUCGGGACCCGCCCGCCACCUCCCUCUGGUACUUGAGGAACACCCAGCCCCGGAACCGGACUCUGAUGUAACAGAUCAAGAUAUUUCUGACGUCAUUGACCUCACAGAAGGUGACACCAGUAUGACUCUAGUGGACACCGAGGUGAACGUACCAACUACUCAUUCUCCAAAGGAUCAUCUCCCGCCGGUAACCUUACGCUGUGAUCUCAAUAAGAUCCGCCAUACAUGGUUGCAUCUUGAGCGGGCUACACCCACUCUUUCGAGGCUCUCCAGUACAGCUUCCCGAAUUCGCGAUGCAUUGGACACGGCCAACGUGGAAAACGUGGAGGAUGACGCCAAGGCUUCUGCUGCUCUUUCCCGGAUCAUAUCAAAGACGGACUUCAACAAGAUGCAGGUGGUCGGUCAGUUUAACUUGGGCUUUAUUGUCAUUCGGUGGCAGAAAUAUGAGGAAGGGCUAGACGACUUGUUUGUGAUUGAUCAGCAUGCAGCGGAUGAGAAGUAUAACUUUGAGACGCUCCAACAAACAACUAUUAUUGAAUCUCAGAGGCUAUUUAGACCCGAGCCUCUGGAGUUGACAGCUGCAGAUGAGAUUCUGGCAGUAGAAAACAUCGACGUUCUGAAGCGGAAUGGUUUUGAAGUUACCCGUCAGGGCGGUCACGACGACGAGGGCAGGCUGCAUCUUAUAGCACAGCCAGUGAGCAAGGACACAGUUUUCGAUAUGAAAGAUCUCGAGGAGCUUAUCCAUCUCAUGCAUGACCGUCCCGUGGGAACAAUGGUAAGGUGUUCAAAGGCGCGAGCCAUGUUUGCCAUGCGGGCGUGUCGCAAAAGCGUCAUGAUAGGAAAAGCAUUGAGUAUGAACGGGAUGACUUCGAUCGUGCAGCACAUGAGCACUAUGGAUCAGCCGUGGAACUGUCCACAUGGACGACCGACGAUGCGUCAUGUGUCAGACCUGACCUGCUUUGCAAGGUAUCAUCCAUUCCCGCGCACAAUCGACUGGAUUACGUUCGGACCUGGCCCAUAG